CCACCAGACCGCCGUCAACGGUCUCUUCAACCGGCCGGCCCACGAAUGGCAACUUCUGCCGAGAGCGCAUAUCCCGCCAGAUGCCGUUUUGACUAAAAGACAAUUCAUUGAUUUGCCACGACCAAACGACACCGCCGUCGUCCUGCUGAGCAAUGAAGCCGACCCGGAGCUGCGGGACAUGUCGAGGUGCGGCCACAGCCCGCCUUUAGCCGUUUCGAGCUCGACUCACGAAUGAGUUUAGAUCGCAGGGUUCUCUGCGACAGGACCGUCCCCGUCUGUCAACGAUGUGUCCAGUCGCGCCGUAGAUGCGCGGGCUACGGCCUGCAGCUGUCCUGGCCGGGCAGCAAGAGGCGGACGCGCAGCAAGCCCGAGUCCGCUCCAUGGCGCGGCGGUGCUUCAGGACCGCUCGCCCGGGUCCAGUGGCUGCACACUUCGUUUGCCGACUUGGCGAUGCACUAUCACCUCGCUGAUGCCGGCCCAUAUGGUGCCAAAGUACGGUGGAAGUCGAGCUUCGUCCACGCGGUCCCGCUGCCAACUGCGAGCCGUGCGUUGUGGACGCCUUUUAAGCUUGAUGACGAGCAAACGACGUUGUUCCAGUAUUUUGAGGCAGUGACCUCCCGUUCGCUUCCAACUUUCGGCUACGAGCCAGGUGUCCUUUGCAGUGUCAUCAUGCCAAUGGCCAUGUCUGACAAUUCGCCUUCGUCAACAGCCGUUCUGCUGUCCUUGCUUGCGCUGGCCGCCCUGGAUCGCGAUGGGCUUCAACGCAGGUCGAUCAGUCUAAAACUCCAGGCGCUGAGUGCCCUGAGGGUUUCCGUUCUGAGCCCUAGCAGCACCAUGGACCUCGUGAGGCACGUGGCCGCCGGCAUGCUGCUAUGCUCUUACGAGAUUCAUAGCAAGACGCGGGCUUCUGGCCACUGGCUGUGGUACCUCUGCGGUGCCCAGACUAUCAUCAAAGCGGGCCGCCUCGAUCGCCCGAAUCGGGACGGCAGUGUCACUCUUCUCCUGGGAUGGACGCAAUACUACACGACCAUGGCGCGAUUCAGCCUGCGCCACUGGGUGCGCAGCGAGACCAGGGAAUUCGCAUUUGCUAGAGAUGUUGGCUACCACGAUACCAUGCCCCCAGUCUGCAAAACAUUGCCGGUCGGGGAUCUAGAGGACACACCGCACAAGUUACUCGAUUUGCUUGGAAGGGCAAUUGAUACGGUCGUAGAGCCGACGAAGCCGCACCAUCACUCCCAAGGCUACCGACAGGACGUGGAGCUUCUUGGAUCGGCCCUCACGAGCGGCCGAUUUGCGGACAGCAGCGGGAAAGCCGACGACAUGGAACUAUUCAGGCUGGCCAUCUUGGUAUAUCUGCACCGUGCCGCGGAGCCCAUCUUGGGUCAUCCAGAGAAGCUCGCGGACUGUAUCGCCCGUGCGUUCGAGGCCUUGGCUCACAUAGACGGAUACCGGUAUCCAUUUGCUUUGCUUAUCUUCGGACACGAGGCGCGGACCGAUGAGCAGAGGAUGACAGUCCUAAGACUCAUCGGAAAGACGCGGGAGACGUCUCCAGCGGACUCCCUGGCAAGCGUCGGAAGGAUUGUUCGGUUCUUGUGGGUGCACGAUGACCUCAUGGACGGGGGACAAGACUAUCUCGGCAAGCUAAGUGCUGCCAUCAGCUCUGCUUCAGCUUUGCCGUUUCUUGUCUAAGGAGCUGUGUGCGGAUGGCACGGAGCAAGUAUUGGCGAAAAAAACAUAGGCUGUCAGGGACACUGCGGCGCGCAGUUACUGGGAUUUUACAUGUAUGAUCAUGACCUAAUGCGGCGUCGUGCCGCUCCAGUUGUGGCAUACACGAAGCAGGACCC